GUGGCUGGGGCAGGAUUUGUACUCAGUUCAACCAGAGAAUUGUGCAAACACAGCCAUCACUCAAAGCCAUGCGGGCUUUGCCGUCCCUCAGUGUCCACUCGCCUGUGGGGUCGACCCGGUGCCUGCUCACACUGCUCCUGCCUUGCCAAACGGUCCUGAGGAGGGAGAUGGAAUGAAAUGCAUGAGAGGAAAAGGAGGGAUAGGCCCUGCGAGUUUCUAACAGAAGAAGAAGCAGCAGCAGCAGCAGGAGGAGGAGCAGGGGUGGAGGCAUGCCCGCUGCUGUGCGCCUUCUGCCGAACACAGGAGGACGCACCAUGUCCUAGAGGAGGAGGGGGGCUGGGAGGACACAAGUGCGGCCUCCAGGGCUCAUGUGGACCGGACUAGCCCGGGUCUAGUCUGCUGUUGCACGGACUACCGACUCUCCCCGUGGGACUGGGCGGGGGGGGGUUACCCAACAUGAGCGCACCCAGUCUGGACUGAAGACCGAGGCUGCAGCAUCCCCCAGGACCGUGUUUGCGCGUGCGUGAGACAGAGAGAGAGCAGAGGUAGGCUAGUGUGUGCGCGUGACUGUGCGUGAGUGCGUGUGCGUGCGUGUGUCAGUAUGAGUCUGGUGUCGGGCUUCCCUCACCACCCGGUCAUGCACCACCACGACAGCCACCACUACUCCCUGCACGCGGCGGCGGCGGGCCGCUGUCACGAGGACACCGGGGCUCCUCCGUACUUCACCAGCUGGCUGAUCAGCCACGCGGAUAUGUCCCCGACAGAGUACAGCCUCGCGCCCGGCUACAGCCCCGAGUACCAUGGCAACGGCGGCGGCGGCUCCACCGGCGGCCUGGACCCGCACCACCACCACCACCACCACUACGGAACCGGCGGCUUGGUCCCGGGGGCCGGGGCCAUCUCGGUAAACGGAGCCCCGGUAGGGAUGCACCACCACCACCACCACCACACGCACCCGCGCCCCGUGAAGCGGAGACCCACGGCCAACCGGAAGGAGCGGCGGCGGACCCAGAGCAUCAACUCGGCCUUCGCGGAGCUCCGGGAGUGCAUCCCCAACGUCCCGGCGGACACCAAGCUGUCCAAGAUUAAGACGCUCCGGCUGGCCACCAGCUACAUCUCCUACCUGAUGGACAUCCUGGACAAGGACGGACAGCACGGGGACACGCAGGCCUUCAAGGCCGAGCUGAAGAAGACGGAGGCGCGCGAGGAACGGAGGAAGAGAGACACGGUGGAGAUCCCCAAGACCACCUCAUCCUCAUCGUCAUCGUCGUCCUCUUCAUCAGGAGGAGAUAAGAAAACCAAAGGACGGACAGGAUGGCCGCAGCACGUCUGGGCUCUGGAGCUCAAACAGUAGCUCCUCCUCCUGCUCCUGCUCCUCCUCCUCCUCCCACGAAUCCUUGGAGAGCAGGAGGACAGUUCAGGAUGCGGUCUGAUGAACUGUGCAGGCAGUCAUCUUCAUCUUCUUCAUGUGCGGACAUUUGGGCCUGUGUGUUUGCGCUGCGCCUGUUCCACUUCAGCUCCACAGCUGUCACCGCUGGUGGGUUUAGGACGUCACUUCUGAGCCCGACUUCCUUUUACAGUUCAAAACCAAAACCAAAACAGCGCAAACUACGGCGUAAGAGUCGACCAGACCGCUUCAUUUUGGUGCGUAAUGUGCGCCAGUUUCCUGCGGACGCAGCUCCUGGAUGCGCAGGUUCAGUCCAAACACACGACGGGAGAAUAUGGAACUGUUCCAAACACACACGGGACGUGGACGCGCUCUCUGCUUUAUUUAACGGAAUAUAUUUAUGUGCAAUGUGGCCGUUCGAAGGACCAGAAUUAAAACCAAAAAAAAAAAAAACAUAAUUGAAAAAAAAAAAAAAAACAGCCACGACGACGAACACUUCCUAAAUGUAUUUGGUCAAACUGUUUGGUGUAUGUGAAGUUGUAAUUGUUUGUUUGUCUGUAACUGUAGAGAAAAAAAAGAAAAGGGAAAAAAAAACAAAAAAAAAAAAAACGUGCGUUGUAAAUGUAGUGACGUCACGGCGUCGACGACGUACGUGUCCAUGUUGUGGUAUGAGCGUGUGGUGGGAGUCCAACUAAUACUUAACGUGGGAUGUAAACAGUGUCAUCAUGAAUUUAAUAAACCACCACAUGGGAACUGAGGAUGCACCAUGGUUUUUACACACACACACACACACACACACACACACACACACACACACACACAGGUUGUGUUUCCAUUGACUUACAUUAACGUCCAGCUUCAAAUGUGGACUAUUUCUCUCUUAAAAAAAAAAA